GUGGGCACUCGGGGAGGAGUUCGAGGGGGUAGACGGACAUCUUCCCUCCAGGCUGCUCAGGCAGGGCUGGAGGGGAGUGGGCUUCAAUCUCAGCGUCCUCACACUGCUUCUGUCCAGAGUUUUGUGCACCGGUCUCCUACCCCGCCGGCAGCCGCAAGGGAUCGCAGAAGGUCCCCAGGGAAUUCAGGCCGAAGAGCAAACUCUGGUGCUCUGAAGUGUCCGUUGCCCCCUCGCGGGACCUACUGGAUCACCUGGCGGCGCUGCCACUUUCUGUAUCCUGUUCCUUAGGCCUUCUCUUUGUUUAACUGUGUGUGCCCAGGGCUGCCCUUGGGGUCCUUCUCCUUGAGCUGGGACUUGAUUAAGGGACUACAUUUUUUUUUUUUUUUGAAGAAAAAAAUCAGUUAGCUUAAAAGGCACAUUAGGAUCUACUCCUCUAUCACAACUUUAGGCUGCGUCGCCUGCCUCCUUGCCCUUUGUUUAUGCUCUUCCCGUUACCUGGAUUGUCCUUUUUUCCUACUUUUAAGACUCCUACUCUUCAAUAUCGAGGUUUCACCUCUUCUGGGAAACCUUUCUGAGACCGCCACCCAGAAUUGAAUGUGGAUGUCCACGUUUUUACUCUCAAAGCACUCUACCUACCUCCAUUGAAUCCCUGAUCUCACUCUGUCAUUGCUGAUUUACUUGUGUCUUCCCUACUAAAAUGUGAGAGCCUAUGGGAUAGAGGCUAUGACCUAUGUGAUUUUCUAUUGUGGGUGCCUCGAAAGCAGUCACAUUCUACAGUUAAAAAGAAAAGUUCAUAGAUUUUUCUACACUUAUUUAGUAAGGCAGACCAGGUGCUAUCCUCAUUUCAGAAAAGUCACUUAAUUAGUAACAGAAUCAAGACUAAAGCAAUGUCAUUCUGCCUUCAUAGUUCCAGCCUUCCCUCUUCCCUCCCAUGCUCAUAUUCUCUGUGAAACUUUAGUUAUAUGUAGCAAAGUUACAAUUUUGACGUAUGUUAUUACUUUUGUGGGCAAAGAAAAUGUAAUUUAUUUUUGUAUAUGACUGAUCUGGUUCCUUUCAUGAGCAUUUACUUAUUGAUUAUUAGGAAAGAAUCUAAAUGUCCGAUUGGUUUUAAAGUUUAGCUCAAUCUAGAAUUGAUUUCUUUGGCUAGUGUUUAAUUUCUCUUAUAUACAAAUAUUUAGGUUAUCGGGUAUCUUCUUGGAUUCUUUCCUUGAGAUGGUGCCCUGGCUAUGUGGAUGGCUCACGGAAUCAGUUAUGGGGACUUGUCAAGGUCCCUUUGCCUUCCCUUGGCUCUGGGGGGUGAUGUUCCUGGUAUAACGAGUGCUCCCUGCCCUAUGGCUUUCUUGGUUCUAACCUUUGGCUUAUAUACCUUGUGAACAGGUAUCUCCUGGUUUUGUCAGGACUCAGUAGAGCUCCCUGGCUCACUCAAUUGCGCUGAGUUCCUGCUGUGACUUCCCUUCAGCCCUGACUGGAGUGGUUUGCACCACAGCCCUCCCUCCCUGCAAAGCCUCCUUGCCCUGCUAUAGCAAUUGAGUAGGGCAAGCAUCCUGCAAGACUUUCCUAUUUCUAGGUCUCAUGUGUAUCCUAAGGCAGUGCCCUCAAACUUUGUUGUCUCAGGACUCCAUUUUACUCUUAAGAAAUGAUCCCGAACAGCUUUCCUUUAUGUAUUUUUGGAGUUAAUGGAGUCAGAAGGACCUCCAGAGUCAGAGAGUUCAGAAUUUGUCUCACAGCAAGAAGAGGAAGAUGAAGAAGAAGCAGCCCAAGAACCAGAGGAAACAGGCCCCAAGAACCCCCUUUUACAACCUGCUCUCACAGGGGAUGUAGAGGGUUUGCAGAAGAUUUUUGAGGAUCCCGAGAAUCCUCAUCAUAAACAGGCCAUGCAGCUUCUCUUAGAAGAAGACAUUGUUGGGAGAAAUUUGUUGUAUGCAGCUUGCAUGGCUGGGCAAAGUGACGUGAUUAGAGCUUUGGCAAAAUACGGAGUGAAUCUGAAUGAAAAAACCACCAGAGGGUACACACUCUUACAUUGUGCUGCAGCCUGGGGUCGUUUGGAAACUUUGAAAGCACUGGUAGAACUGGAUGUUGAUAUAGAAGCUUUGAACUUCCGGGAAGAAAGGGCUCGAGAUGUUGCUGCUAGAUAUUCUCAGACUGAGUGUGUUGAAUUCCUGGACUGGGCAGAUGCAAGGCUGACUCUGAAAAAAUAUAUUGCAAAAGUCUCUUUAGCUGUUACUGACACUGAAAAGGGAUCAGGGAAACUCCUUAAGGAAGACAAGAAUACCAUCCUCAGUGCAUGCCGUGCAAAGAAUGAGUGGUUGGAAACCCAUACAGAAGCUUCCAUUAAUGAGCUUUUUGAGCAGAGACAACAACUGGAAGAUAUUGUGACUCCUAUCUUUGCAAAAAUGACUACACCACGUCAAGUGAAAAGUGCCAAAUCUAUAACAAGCCAUGACCAGAAGAGAAGUCAAGAUGAUACCUCCCACUGAACAUAUGCUCUGUAAAAGGCCACAUUUUCUUCUAGUAUCUGAAAGGCAAACCUAUUCAUGCCAUUUGAAAUCGAGAAAACAGAUGUGGGUUUCUUUAAGUAUUUAAGUACAACAUUACAUCACCCUUGUUUUGUUUGACCUGUUCAGCAUGCUUAUGUCCGGACUCUGGCCUCGCCUCUGCUCCUCCAAGCACAGCCCCAUGUGAGUUUCACGUGCUCCUUCAGGAAAGCACUUGGGUAUAAAUCAUUCAUGAAGACCAUACGGAGGCUUUAAGAACUACUCAGAGAAUCUAAUAAUUUUCUGUGUAAUUGAGGCAUUCCAUAUAAAAGGACAUAUUUGGCUAUUUCCAGAGAAAAAAUUUGUUCUCCCUGUCUAAAAAGGAAAUCUUAUGGAAUGACACUUGGAGCAAGGAUAUAUUAAGACCAGCUUGGAUUAGGAGCCUCUGGGUACAACUAUCACUUUUUAUGUCCAAAAUUAAAAUUCACCUGUGAGGUGGGGUGUACCUCUGAGUAAAACCCCUCUUUAUCUUUGACCUCCUUCUAUCUGUAAAUUAAUAAACACAAAUCUGUAUAGUUUUAUACUUAGAAGAGUUCUCCUAUUCUAUAAGGCUGGCAAUACAGAUAUUGUAACUGGACUGAAGGCCAUUUCCCCUCCCAUUCUGUUUUAUAUUUCCUAGGUUUUAAGUAGGAUAGUUGGUUUCAUAUUGGUGGUUUGGAAAGCCUUUUUUCUAAUUUAUUUAAUCAGGCACCUCAACCUUCUCUUACAUUGUGACUUUAUGGAAAAGUUUUAUAGAAAAGAAAAUGGUUUUUAAAAAGCACUUAUUGUUUGUUCUUAUGACUUUCUCUUCUUUGUCCUGUUCUGAAAGCUAGUUUUCCGUUAUGGGGAGAAGGAAAAGGAAUGGGUAAUUCAGUAAUACUUUGUCAGUUGACAUUUAUUUAACCAUGGUUUUGAGGUAACCCUGUUUUAAAUGUCUCCCAAAGUUUUUAGUUUUUUAUCCUUUUAAUGUAUGAGCAAUUCAGUUUCAAUUUUUUAAAGCAAAAGAACACUGCAGUAACUUUCACCCACCUUUUUGGCUGACCCAGUGGGUGUUUAUGGAGCAGUACAAAGAAGACCUGUGUUUUCUCCUUUUUCUUUUUUCCUUCCUUCUCCCUUCUCUCUUCCCUUCCCCUUCUCCUUCCAUUCCCUUCCCCUCCCUUCCCCUCCCUUCCCCUCCCUUCCCCUCCCUUCGUCUCCCUUCCCCUCCCUUCCUCUCCCUUCCCCUCCCUUCCUCUCCCUUCCCCUCCCUUCCUCUCCCUUCCCCUCCCUUCCUCUCCCUUCCCCUCCCUUCCUCUCCCUUCCCCUCCCUUCUCUCCCUUCCCCUCCCUUCCCCUCCCUUCCCCCCCUUCCCCUCCCUUCCCCUCCCUUCCCCUCCCUUCCCCUCCCUUCCCCUCCCUUCCCCUCCCUUCCCCUCCCCCUCCUCUUCUCUCUCCUCCUCCUCUUCCCUCUCCUCCUCCUCCUUCUUCCUCUCUUAUCUCUCUCUCUCUCUUUUCACCCCCGCAACCCAACCCCUUCUUGACAGGGUCUCCCUCUCCUGCCCAGGCUGGAAUGCAGUGGAGUUAUCAUGAUCAUAGCUCACUGUAACCUGUAACUCCUGCACUCAAGUGAUCCUCCCACCAUGCUUGGGUAAUUGAAAAAUAAACAUUUGCAGGCUGGGUGCUGGCUCACACCUGUAAUCCAAGCACUUUGGGAGGCUGAGGCAGGUGGAUCACCUGAGGUCAGCGGUUUGAGACAAGCCUGGCCAACAUGGUGAAACCCUGUCUCUACUAAAAAUACAAAAAUUUAGCUGUAUAUGGUGGCAUGCGCCUGUAAUCCCAGUGACUUGGGAGGCUGAGGCAGGAGAAUCACCUGAGCUCGGGAGGUGGAGGUUGCAGUGAGCCAAGAUCGCACUACUGCAUUCCAGCCUGGGUGACAGAGCGAGACUCCAUCUCAAAAAAUAAUAAUAAAAACAAAUAAACAUUUGCAGAGAUAGGGUCUUGCUACGUUUCCCAGGCUGGUCUUUGAGUUCCUGGCCUCAAGCAUUCCUCCUGACUUGGCUUCCCAAAGUCCUGGGAUUACAGCUGUGAACCACUAUGCCUAGCCCAUUUUCUUAAUACAGUAUAUUGUGCAAAGACCAGUGUCCUUAAGGACUGCAAUAAUUUAGGAAAAGUCCGGGUACCAUUUUUGUCCUUUCUACUCUAACUCUACAUUUUCUGAGCUUGGAUUUUGAAUACAACAUUACUUUCCAGGAGUGUGUUCCAGAUUAGGGAGGGAUUCCUGGAUUCUUACUUCAAAGAUUUCUAAAUUAGACCAAGGCAUUUCUGGAGACCCCUUAGUAUAAAAUAAACCUAUUUUCCCUCUUUAUUAAUCUUUCAAUCCUUAUCCUCAAACUUUUUAUAGCUUUUGAUACAUUUGCUGAUGCUAUUUUUAAACUCCUUGUGUUGGCACUUUUAUGCCAAUUAUGAUUCCUCUACUCUCUUAAAACUGCUUUUCUAACUCCUUCACCAGUUCCUCUUCUUCCUCUUGCCCCUACUUGUGGGAAUUUCUCAAAAUUCAGUCCUAACCUUUGGUAAAGCAAUCUGUAAUUCUCUAUUCCAUGACCUUCCCUGUCGCCAGUAUUAUGAAGAAUGAGUCUUUCCCUCUUUAGGGCACCCAUAGUGCUAAUAACCUCAUACUGUAUUCUACUUAAUUGUUCACAGGUUUGUCUUUCUGUGUGAAUUGUAAGCUUUUUGAGGGUAGGGAUUUUGUUUUGUUCUUUUUUUAUACCUAAAAAGUCCAUAAAACAGUAAGUUAGUAAAUAACUGAAUGAAUUAUCUUUUAGUAAUACCUUAUACAUAGAACUCAUUACCUCUUCAUUAAUUUAUAGAGCUUGUGCACCUUUAUAAAAAUGACUCCCAACACUUAUCUCCAUAUCUUGCCCCAUUUUAACUCCUACUCCUCUAGCAGAUAAGCCACACAUACAUCCAACAUUGUAACUCUAUGCCUAAUUUCUCCUCUGACCUUCUAUUUUCUAAGCCUUCACCUUGAAUGUCACUUUCUGGCAUGUGAACCAAGUGAUUACCAACAGAUUCCUGGAUCUCAUGUCAAAGAUUCCUUUGAUGUGAGAAUCUGAAUAUUCAUUUAUAUCUAUAGAUUUACAAUUUUAGUCCAUUUUGAGAGUUAUAGUAUCUCUUGUUACAUAUUGUUACAUUGAAUUAUAGAUAUAUUCAUAGGCAACUUUAAAUACCCUUAGGCUUUGAGUUUGAGCUGUUAUGUAGGUAGCUGCAUGGCUUUUUCUGAACAUCCACAAAGUAAUUACUAUUCAAAGUGCAUACUAAUAAAUCAAUGAAGCCUCCACAUUAUUUGGGAAGUAGUCAAUCAAAGGCUAAAUUCAAUGUUAUGAUAACUUUUAGGCAGUAGUUCUUUAGACUUCUGUAUUUAAUUGAACAGAAAAAAUGUAAAAAAAUAAGGGGAGGAGAUUGAUAAACAUCAUUAAUAAAACAACUACUAUCUACUAUCACUAUCAUUUAACAAAAGACAUUUUAACACCAGAAAAGGGAAGAGAUCUCAGUGUAGGGCUCUACCCUUUAAGUUAAAUAAAUUAAGCUUUAUUAUAGAUCUUUAUGUUGUAUUUAUUUUUCUUAUUUUGUCAUAUAUGAUGGAACUUUUGUCAUGAAUCAGAACUGGCCUGUGGUCCAGCCUUUGAGAACUACUGCUCUGGACUAAGUAGAUUGCUAUUUAGAUUAACAUGAUGCCCGCAGAUUGUAAAGGACUGACACUUGCCCCCAUGUUCAAUCUAAUAUGUGGUAGAUUGUAUUUUCCAGGAUGGCCACAUCUCCCUUCCCACAUGCUCUUCUUACAAUAUGGUCAUGACAUUCCUCGCGUAGAGAGAUGUGUCUGUUCUUUCCUCUUGAAUCUGGGCAGGCUCGUCACUACAGUGGAAGUGAUUCUGUGUGAUUUCUGAGGCUAGAUCAUAAAAGGUGAUGAGGCCUCUGCCUAACUAGGGGAAAUGCUUUCUCUUGAGAUGCUCACUCUUGACCAGGCUAUAGAGAGAUCCACAGGGAGGAACUGAGGCCCCAGCCCACAGCCUUGGUUGAGCUCCAGCCUGCAGUCAUCCCCAACUUGCCAGCCAUAUGAGUGAGCCAUCUUAGAAGUAGAUCCUCCAGUCAAGCCAGCCCAGCUGAUGCUGUGUGGAGUGGAGACAAGCCUUCUGUGCUGAGCCAUGCAAAAAAUUGCAGAUUUGUGAACGAAAUAAAUGAUUGUUAUUGUUU